AUGUCGGGAAGGAAGCUCAUGUCCCUGGAGGCUGCCAUGGAGGAAGAGCGGCAGCAGAUUGAGGCUCUGUUGUCGGGCCAGCAGCCUUCACGAGCCCCGCAGCCUCCAGUUCGUACACCCUCGCCUUAUUUAAACGCUCGCUCUCCGGUCCGGAGCAUGCUCGAUGUGGGAGAUGCGCCCCCGAGUGCUGGACUCCGAAAGAGCCCGCCGCCAGUCCGCAGCAUGCUGGAUGUGGCGCCGCCAGCCAACACACCCCCUUUCCGGAGUCCGUUGGGUACAGGCAGUAGCUUGUCAAAGCCCCAGCGAUCGCCUGUUGUGUCUAGUGCACAGACUUCUCCGACGCUGUCCUCACACAGGAUUCCUGUGCCAUCUGGCGAUGUCCAUCAUAGGAGCAUGUCCGAUGCCUCUGCCAAACCCGCCUUUACCGAUUUUGGGCCUCGUUCGCCGCCACUUGCUCGGGACCGUGCCGUGGAUCCUACCACCGACUACAAGUUCUCUGACAUUUAUGCCACUAAUGUUGGUCAGGCCCUUCCGACAAGGCGUGCGCCAGGAGCACAGAUGCGUUCAGCCUCUAUUGGAGAAGCUCUGAGAGGAGCUGAUCUGUCCAACCUGGUUCUGCCGGGCGAACCAGGCAGGUCUGGUUUCUCCUUGAGGGGAAACAGCAAGUCAAAGUCGCCGCACAAUCGAUUCAGUCUCAGAUCGAAUUCACCCCAUGCCAGCCUGCUGGGAUCAACAUCGCGUAACCGAGACGAUGGAAUGAUUAUUCUAGAGGAUGGCCAAGUCAUUGACAAGAAUAGCGCCUAUAGACGACUUUCAGAUGCUAAUCUAGCUUACGGAGGCUCGAGUUUGUCGUCCCUGCCGCGCAAAAAGUCUGACCCGGAAGGUCACGGCCGCAUCCAAAAGUCCAAUUUGAGUCCGUAUGGCGAACUCUUGACCGAUGACGAUAGCGACGAUGAUGUGGCCAACUCUUCCGACGAGGAAGACCAUAGAGGCAGAAAGCUCACCACAAGAGCCGAGGGCCGCGGAGACGGUGAUGAAGCAACUAGAGCGGCAAAGAGCUUGCUUGCCGCCGCCGAAGAUGAGAGAAAACAUAUUGCAUCCCAGCAUCAAUAUAGAUCGCUGCUUGACCCUGAAAUUACUGUUACAAAUCCCAAUGGAGACAAGAAAAAGUCAAACAAGCGUGCGGUACAACCCUCGACCAGUUUUGACCAAGAUCCGCCUACUCGCGCCCCAACGCCAGAUCCGAAUGCAGACCAAGACGACCAGGACGUGACUGCAAUCAAACGGGCCCAGGAUCUUCAGCUGUCAUCGACUCCCAUCAUUUCGAACCCCGAGGUAUAUAGAUCAAUCCGCAUCUUGUACCGUGGUGAGUACGACAAGAUCUACCAGCACGCAACCGAGGAGCACAGACGCUUGCGCAAAUACCUCGUGGCCAUGGACCUCAGUGAUGAAUCGACGCAUGCUCUGGAAUGGGCCAUUGGCACGGUUCUGCGCGAUGGCGACACGCUGAUUGCAUUCUAUUGCAUGGACGAGGAAGCCAGCGGCACCGUGGAAGCGGGCGCGCAGGUGCCCGACGACCCAAAGUCGAUGCGAGAACAAGCAGCGGCCAUCAACGCAAUGGCCAAGAGCGUCAAGCCGCCAAUCGCCAACAGCUCUAGUGCCCUGGGGUUGAACAGGGCGUCAAUGUCUCCGCGGGUGCGUGCUGCUGAGCCCGGUAGCAACACACCCUCGCCAGCACCCUCGAGAGGAAAAUCAAAAUUGGAGGAGGAGCGAGAGAGGGCGGUGCAAGAUGUCACGGACAGGGUUUCCAAGUUGUUGCGAAAGACACAGCUAGAGGUUCGGGUCAUUAUUGAAUGUAUCCACUGCAAGAACCCCAAGCACCUCAUCACGGAGGUGAUUGAUGUCGUGAAGCCCACGUUGGUCAUCCUCGGCAGCCGAGGGCGAAGUGCACUGAAGGGGACACUUUUAGGAUCCUUCAGCAACUACCUCGUCACCAAGAGUUCUGCGCCGGUCAUGGUGGCACGAAAGAGACUGCGGAAGAAGAGCAAAUAUCAACCACCACCAAGGCAGAUCAACAAUCUUUCCAACCCAUCUGCCCGGAGUUUGGAGACGGCACGAAUUGACUAG